UCCACUCUAUAUAAUGGCUCCAAUUUGCCCUCAUUGGGGUAUGCAGCUUUUAUCCAAAGCACCAAGAUGAGUCUCUCCAACAAGGACAAAGAUACGGUCAAGGCCUUCUGGGCCAAGGCCGCCGGAAAGGCCGACGUGAUCGGAGCCGAAGCCCUGGGCAGAAUGCUCUAUGUGUUCCCCCAGACUAAGACCUACUUUGACCACUGGAAGGACUUGGGUUUAAACUCCGCUUCGGUCAAGAAGCACGGCAAGGUGAUCAUGGCAGGUGUCAACGAUGCCGUUGGCAUAAUCGAUAACCUGACACCUGGCCUGAUGAACCUCAGCGAGCUGCACGCCUUUACUUUGAGAGUGGACCCAGCCAAUUUCAAGAUUCUGUCCCAAUGCAUUCUUGUGGUGAUGGCCAUGUUGUUCCCGACCGAUUUCACCCCGGAGGUCCACCUGUGCAUGGACAAGUUCCUGGCAGCCCUGACUCUCGCCAUCGCUGAGAAGUACAGAUAAACAACUUCAAGCACGCCCAGCGGAUUCAAAGCAUUUCUCCUGCUCUCUGUUGGGCUCAACUGCAAUAAACGAUCAAAAGUAACAAUGAA